AGGUGGACUGCUUUGUGCCGCACUGACUGCAAUUUGACUGCCGCCCUCGGAGUGCCUGUAGGUCUGUGAGCGAAGCGCAUUCGGAAAAACUUUAUUUAUUUAGGCUAUUUAUUUUUGUCCAAUAUGUCCCUCAGUCGGAAAAACUGGUCGGCUUUGUCCAGCCUAGCGCGCCAGUGGACGAUGGAGGAUGAGGAGGAGGUGGAGAGGGAGAAGAGGAGGAGGGGGAAGAGCUCAAGCAGCGCCGCCGACUCAGAUGCACCUAAAGACACACCCACCAGCGGCAGCUCCUUUGGGACAGACUCCACAAGUGAGACGUCCCAGGGACUCAGCAGCGUGGAGCAAAUCCAGCUGGAUUUUGUGGAGAUGCUGCGAGUCCGUGAUGAAAAGCGGAGGAUGAGACACGUGGAGACGCUGAGACGACAGAAGGAGGAAGAGGAAGAUGACGCAGAGGCUAGCAGAGGAGGAGAAGGAGGAGGGGCCAGGGUGGAGUUACUGGGGGACUUGGAUGAGCAGCAGGGCAGCGUGUUUCCCUCUGUGAAAACCACAUCCAAACCACAACUACCCCAAAAAACAGCCUCUUACAGUCCCAGCAGUAGCAGCAGCAAUACCAGCACUAACAUCACAAAGAGACAAAAUGAACACAGCGAGUCGUUGCGCAAAGACCCUGAUCCCAGGCCACCGUCCAACCCGGCUCAGAAGUUUGUCAGUUCUGUCUCCAUCUCAAUCGACAAGAGUCCCUCUCUCAGCGGAUGCACAACUCCCAUGAGCCCUGGCUCUCCGACCACCCCCUUGUCACCUCGAGAACACUGGCCCUCGCCCUGUCAGAGCCCCUCUCCCAGGGGAGCUCAAAGCCCUGUUCAGAACGGACACACACAGGAGACCAGCGAGAAUGACUCUUCCUCCAACGGCAACUUUGAACAGACGACCAAACCUGCCUUCGUCAGACAGAGUUCCAGGACUGUAUCCUUCAGGAUGAUGAGGAAGAAAGAAGAAGAGACUGCGCCGCUGCAGAGAAGUGCGAGUGUGAGGAUGGCCACCAAGAAGUUUGAAUCCAACACGGACCAAAAUGAAGAUGAAGACAAACCAUCAUCUUUCGUGAGAAACUCUAGGCAGAGGAUUUCAUCCAGGUCCAUCCAGGAGAAGAUGGAGAGACUGGCUCAGGCUGCACAGAAGUCAGAAAUAAUGCGAUCUCCAGACGUGGCCCAGAGGACCCUGUUCCUGCUGGAGGAGGUGUCCAGGAAGAGAGGUCUCUUUGAGAAGGAGCAGCAGGAAGCGGCCCCCACCGGCCCUGGAGUUUCCAGACAGGAAUUUAGGAGCUUCACAUCAGGAAUGUCGGACCGGAUCAGCCGCUGGCUCAACAAGACCAACCAAACUGGGCCUUCACACAGUCCUACUGACUUGAGACAUGUGGACAUCACCGGUAAGAGGAGCCUAUUUGAGAACAGAGGAGAGGACAGUGUCUCAAAAGCCAGCCCCGGAAAAAUCUAAAAGUGAGGGAUCCCCAUUUAGAAUGUGCAACAGGAUUAAGAAGACGGUUAGAGGAGACAAAGAAACUGGAAGGUUAAUAAAUGCCAUGAGUGACUGAUUGCUUCUUCAAGCUUAAUUUUUUUUUUUUUUUUUUUUGCCUUCACUGCCAAAGCACACACGUGGAACAGACAGAAGAACUGGAGAAAAAAAGUGAGCUGAGUUAUAGCUUUAGAGGACUGAAAAGGAGGAAUCUGCUUUUAAAGUUGGGAGGCUUCUAUCAUACAUUUUUAUACUGCUUCUUAAAGUAUGAUUUUGUCGUUUUGCAAACAUUAAAAUACAUUAAAACCUUAAAAUACAGGAAGAUGUUCAACUGAGUGAGGAAAAGAGUGAAAAGCAAAGUAUACAGAGGAUAAGAAAAGUAAUAGAAAAGAGAAAGGGCAGUGACUUGUUUGUUUUAAAACUCUUUAGCUGUUUGCCUUAACUUUGUGUAAUUUUUUAAGCACUUUAAACAGGUGAAGGUCUUAAAGCUAAUAAUACCCAUUUUUAUUGAAUUAGAGUAGUGGCAAUUCUGGAGUUUUAAAUGUAAGUUUUUGUCUAAUCUGCCAAAAUAUAAUGUAGGUUCUGUGUGUCUUUGUGGGAAAGAUGCUGCCUGU